AUGGCUUCCGCCACAGCUUUCCAGCCUUCAUUGGCCCUUCCGACCCGCCGCUCACGUCACUCUUCGCUUUCUGUCCUGCGUCGUCCAGCAACCACUCUCGUUCUCACCAAGCCGCCGACCCCCAGCCCGCCGUCGAAGCACAUCGGCACGCCAUCCUCCGCGCGCCGCGGCCGUCUCCGCCGCGACUUCUCCACCCGCUUCACCCUGACUAAGCGCCCCCCAGCCCCUGUCCUGGAGACGCGUCGCUCGACAGCGUGGCAGCGCGGCAACACCGUCUCGCGCUCCGUGGCCAUCUGGUCCUUCAUCGCACGCCUGCUCGCCGCCAACUGGCUGCAGGGCCAGUCGUGGUCCUACCUAGGCUCGCGCACAGAUGACGUCAUCGCCAAGAGGAGGCGCAAGCUCGCCCGCUUUGCCCGCGAGAAAAUCCUCACGCUCGGGCCCACCAUGAUCAAGGUCGGCCAGCUGGCAAGCACGAGGGCCGAUCUCUUGCCGAAGGAAGUCGUCGAGGAGCUCUCGUUGCUGCAGGAUCGCGUCCCGGCCUUCCCGUGGCCCGUCGCAGAGAGCCUCCUCGAGGAGCAGUACGGACGCCCGGUCGGGGAGGUCUUCGCAUGGUUUGACAAGGUCCCGCUCGCAGCGGCUAGUCUGGGCCAGGUGCAUCGCGCGCGCCUCUUCUCUGGGGAGGAGGUCGUUGUCAAGAUACAAAGGCCUAUGUUGAAACGCUUAUUUGAUCUCGACCUUGAUGCACUCAAGUAUGUCGCGUACUACUUGCAACGCUCGAAAAAGUAUGGCGGGAAUGAUCGCGAUUGGGUUGGUAUCUAUGAUGAGUGCGCAAAGGUGCUCUAUCAGGAGAUCGAUUACAUCAGAGAAAUGGAGAGCUGUAAACGCUUUGGAGACAACUUUCGCAACGCAGGCUUUGAUUAUGUCAAAGUCCCCCAUAUCUACCCAGAAUACACGACAGGCACGGUCUUGUGCUUGCAGUACCUCCCCGGCAUCAAAAUCUCUGAUGUUGACACGUUGGAGCGGGCCGGGUUGGACCUUGAACUUAUCGCGGACAGAGUUGCCACCGCAUUCAUCCAACAAGUUUUGGAGUUUGCAUUCUUCAGCUCAGAUCCUCACCCAGGCAAUUGCGCUGUGGGUGCAAAUGAAAGCAUCAUCUUUUACGACUUUGGCAUGAUGGGGGAACUCAACCCACUCAUCAAGGACCGCCUUAUAGAUAUCCUGGCAGGCGUUAUCGAAAAGGAUGCAGAUGUUGUCAUGAAUGCCCUGGUUGACCUUGAGGCUCUGGUUCUACCUCCCGACCCGACGCCUGUUCGCCGUUCCAUUCAGUACUUCCUCGACUCCGUUGGCUCGCGACCGAACCGUGACCAAACCGUUGCUGCUAUCGGCGAUGACCUCUACGCCACCGCAUACGACAAGCCGUUCCGAUUACCGGCGGCGAGUAUAUUUUUGCUGCGCGCGUUUUCAACGUUGGAGGCCCUGGCCAAAGGUCUUGACCCGAAUUUCAAGUUCUCCGAAGUCGCCUUGCCCUUUGCUGAUGAGAUUUUGAAAGAAAGAACGGGUGGUAUCGAUUCUCCUCAGAGUGUUGUGCGCCGUGUUGCGACCAGCUUGCUAUCCGGGCGAUCAAACCCUGUAACGGAUGAGAUUCGUCGCCGCGUUAUUGGUACUGGUGCUGAUGCUGUGAAGGCGGUGUCAAGGAUCGAAAAAAUUGAGAAAACGCUCACGCAGUUGGAGAGAGGAGAUAUUAAAUUGCGUUCCCGUUCUACCGAGACUGAGAAGCUUCUUCGCAAGCAGUACUCUCUGACAGAGUCAAGCAACUACCUUCUGUCCACUGGCACAACGGCCCUGGCAGCAACCCAGCUUUACGCUUCCGGUAGCAUGGAACCAGCGGCCGCAAUGGCUGCGUUUUCCGCCGCCCUGGGGAUUCUGUUUUUGCGCAGGCAGGCAAAAUUGAGCAAGCCUGAUCGAUUCAGUUGAGCAACGGUUUGCUAGAUGUAAAUUAGUCACGUAAAGCAACUGCGGCUGCAUCACUCUCCAUCGCAAUUGUUCACAGAGUGAGGUCGAAUUGUCGCGGCAAAGCGGAAGAUCAGGACACAGAAGGUAGAUAGAAAUCCCAAUUAAACUGUAUUGGUUUCUUUA